AUGGCGUCCGCUGUCACCCAGUCCCGGGAAGCCGACGAGAUCGAUGCGUUCUUCUCGACCGUCCGCGACAAGAAGUACCAAUUGGUCGUCGAGUUGAACUGUUCGAAGGGCGUGAAGGAGCAGCUCGGGAACGCGCGCGAGCGGUUGAGGAAGUUGAGGGAGCGGGCCGACGGGAUGAUCAAGGCCAAAUACUCGACAUUGCCCUCGUUCCGCGACAGCCUCAGCAAAGAGCUGGCCAACUCGGUGAAGCGCAGCGAGAAGUGGGAGCUGAACCCGCCCGGAUCUGAUUUCGGCUACUCGGUGGACGAGCGAGCCGAUGCAGCUGAGAAGCGCCUCACCCGCCUUGCGGUCAAGGCGCGCAACAUGGUGCCGCUGACCGAAAAGCGCGACGCGGUGCUGAACGUUCCGUGCCUCGACGAGACGAUCGGCUACGGGGGCAGCUGCACCAUCAACGACAAUUUUGGGAGGUCGGUGCAAGCGAUCUCGUCGCUCGUCCAGGCGCUCCAAUAUCUGCGCGAGUAUCCCGAGAUUGUUGGCAAUGCGGAUUCCGCCGAAAUCGACGCUCUUCACGCCGAGCUGAGCCACUUCCUGAAGGUGUUGGACUAUAGGCUGAGCCAGACCCGUGUCUACAGCCCAACGACGGAUCUGAUGAAGCCCCAGCCGGCGCCGAUCUUGCGCAGCCUCAGCGCCCACUUCUCCACGGACACCACCUCUGACACGCGCUCCGUCAGUCUGCGCCCGUCGACCGAUUCCGAGAAUUCGUUCGUGGCGGACGCGGAUGUGUUGACGGCGGUGGCGCCUUGUGAUCGCCAUGCUCCCACUCCCGAAUCGAUCACGCCGCGCGUCGCCGUCGCCCACCCGAGCCUCGCCAAUGGCGUCCAGCUUAACGAGAGCGCCCUGUCCGCCUCGCAGCCGAUGUCCGCGUCCGAGGAGCGGGUGCUGAUCUACGGCCGCGUCGCCUCGCCCCUGAUGCGCAUC